AUGCCUGAGCGCAAAACCAGCUUGUUGUGCGCUCUCAUGAGUCCAGAGCAGAUCAGUGAGCUUCGCGAACGUUCGGAGAGACUUGCAUGUGAUUCCUUGACAGGCACUGGCUUGCUGGAUGAUGGCUGGGUGAGCGGCUCAGAAGAGCAGCAGGAAACCCUGGGCGCCCUUCUCCUCUCCGAGCGGCUGCACCAACGCUUCCAGUACCGAUCCUUUGCGAAGGGCGAUGAAAUGCCCGGGUCGGAGGAGCCCGGUGUGGGAGUGGAAGAGUUUGAGCGGCUGGAGCAGGCCUUAGCGGCGAACUUUGAGUCACUCCAGGACCUUCGACGGCGCCUUGCACCAUUGGCUUCACCGGCAGGGACGUUGCGAUGCCCCUGCCGCAGCGACCUCCUACAGGGUGCCGCCGAGGUACAGUCGAUGCUGCGGCGGAGCUUGUCAUCGUCAUCAUCACACGUGGUGAUGAUGAGGCGGACAGAAGAAGGAAAGCAAGCUGCCGAGGUCCUGGAGGACAGCCCCGAGGACCGGCGGUCCGAGCGUCGCAUUUUGAUGACCUUGGCCCUGGCUGCUUGUUGUGGUGUUGCAGCGGUUCCAUAUGCUGCCAUUGCCAGAGCCUGGCUGUGGGCAAUUGCUUUCUUCGGGUUUGCCCUGGCAAACAUUGUUCUGCUGCUGAACUACCAGCGGCUGUCGCUUCCGCACGUGCACCGCCGUUUCGAGCGGCAGCUGAGCCACCUAUCGUCCAGACGGGAGGAGAUCCUGGUCGAGAUUCGGGACCUUCAACGCUCUUCGCAGAAGGCCGGGGCGGCUCACGCCCGUGCCUGCAUUUUCCUGCAGAGCGUGAAUGUCCUCCGGAACAUCAACUACGUCGUCCUCUGCAUCAAGACGGAAACGCAGAGGGCUGCAGCGGCGGCCAUGGGUGGGAUGGGUGGAAUGCAGGAGAGCGUCGUCUUGGGAGGUCUGAGGCUGCUCCUCGCGUUGCUUCCGCGGUGUGAGCAGCGCUGGGAGGCUGAAAUUCUGGCCGACGAUGACUGCCGUGUUGCGGUGGCUGCUCUGGCAGACGCAGAGACCGAGCCCUCGGCGCGGCUCGUCGCCGAAAGCCAGAAACGCCUUUGGAUCCUGCUCAGAAUGGUCCAUCUGUCAUCUGUUCUGCCCAUUGAGGCGCAGGGCCAACUCGGCUCCCUUGUGCAGCGAUAUGCGCGGCCCAUUUUGAUCGAGGGCCGCGUGCCUUUGCAAAAUGCAUCGGCUCUGGAGAUGCACAACAAAGCGGACCACAAAGAGGAGCCCAUUGUGGAGAUGCUUUGCCGGUGA